AUGGGAUAUCUGAAGGAGUAUGUCGAUCGAGGAGUGCAAACCUCAUGUUCCCCACAAUCAGCAGCAGUAUCAGACUUGUCAGCUGUUAGUGUUCCUCAAACUCCCUUCGAUGACUGUGACUCUGGGUCGCUUUUACACGAGAUUACAACUGGGUUGCUAUCAGUCGACCCAGAACUACCUCCUUCACCUUUUUCUGUUGAUGAUAACAGCGCAUAUAGUCGGUCCAAUCUCCAACAUAGCCCCGUUAGCCCCAUGUGCGCACCCUUGAUGUCUCGUUGCGUUCCUGGACGCAAAUUAUUCCUAGUCGAACGUCGCCCGGAAGGAAAAACCGUCGAAAGACGCGUGAUUUCUAUGCCGGACGACAUAUCGGCGCAGCGUAUCAAGUUGGACCCUCAAAAUGACAUGCGGGUGGUUUCCAUGCCCGAGUAUCUCGCGGCUGCUGUUGACCCGUCUCUGGAUUCGAUCGAGUCUCCCUCUGCAGGCGCAUCCUUCGGAUCGUCGUUUAUUGAGAAACGUCAUCGAGUCAGAGUUUGUCCCCCACCCUCGGACGUUCCGCACACGCCUUCUCCACCGUCGUCUCCCGAGUCGAUUCUCAUCAUUGACAGUCAUGCGCAGCUUCCUGAUGGAUUCCUUCGACGAAGAUAUUCCAAAAAGACAGCCUCGCCCGGAAAUGGCUGGACAGCGUGGGCGACUUCUCCUCCCCGCCCUAUCCCAGCUCUUCACGGUCCGCUUUCCCUCCCAUAUGCUCGCUGUCCAUCGGGAGCUGAAGGAACGAUCAUCGAGGAGCCAGGCAACGUAUCUCGAAUGAUAUGGGGCUUAGGCCAAGACGAAUCUGGUCAACAUCGUGGUGAUAGUGAGCAUACGGACGACGAAACACAUCAUAAAGCCUUCCCUCACUCCCAGGUCACACCGCAAACACAAAAAAGACACGUACUCCAGAAUCCUCACCAGGUACGAGCGGCCGCGAUUAACAAGAAAACAUUCAAAGGGGUCGCUGGCGGAGGAAUUCCCACUGUUCAUCGUCACCCUGACCAUGAACGUCGCAUUUAUGAACACUCAGAGGCAUCCCAUCUACAUGAGUCAAAAGCUGAACCAGCCAUUCGCGGUCUUCCUUUCUCAGGCUCUUGGCGGUCAGAAACCAGUAUACCAACUGUUCGCGAAUCAGAGGCCUACGAAAGAGGCUUUGGCUCCUCGUUCAAUGAUCAAAAACUUCUCUUGGAUUUGCAGUUUGCAUUCGCUCGGCAGUCGCUUCAGAACACUGCACUCAAUCAAGCUUACCCUGAAGGUCUCAAGCCAGUUUUUCCGGUUUCGAACCAUCCUCGCGCCACUCCGGCUUACCCGAAAAUCUUCGUGGAACCGCGUCUCAAUGAGGUGGUCAAUGCAGCACAACGUCUGUCUGCGAUGGAGAUUGCUCAACAGUAUCGUCAACGUCAGGAAUUCCGUCUCAAGCAACAGGCUGGUCUACCUACCCCGCCAAGUUCUUCCUCUCCCCAGUGGUCAUCAAACUUUUCGCCCUAUCAGUAUCCUUCCGUAUCUCCGGAGAUGGAUAUUCAGAACACAUUAGGUCUGCCUCAUCACACCCAGCAAGCACAACGCCCCUUCAUGGAUGCCUCCCAUCAAGCCAGGCUCUUGUACGAUCAUCAGAAUAAUAAUGUCGAGACUCGUUUCUUCGAUGGAAAUGGCGACUGUGGUUCUAUGCUUUCGCGUCACGAUAGGGACGUCCCUUCGGCAAUCAAUCGGCAUCCUUCAGAUGUUUCUGGCGGUCUUGCCAACUAUUUGCGUGAUUUGCAUGCAAUGUCUUCUCAGCAGCCUCGUUAUGCUAGUACCACUGAAUUUCCUCUGACGGCAGCUCGCCACCCCGUCCGUACUGGUCCUACCGUUGUCUCCGUUGCUCCUCCCUCGCCUGAGUCUCCUGGAUCACGACCUCGCAGUAUUUCCUAUCAGCAACCCAGGUCCGUUCCCCUUGCACGGUUGAUACAACGCCGACUGUCUUCUGUACCGGAAGAGGAACUCAGUAGUCUGGCGGACACCUCGUCUACAUCUGCUUAUCGGUCUACCGAUUGUCACCAACGCAGUCUCUCCUCCUGUGACCAUUCUGACGGCAGUACAACCCCUCGUAGGUACUACCAAGAACAGCGCCUUGGCAUUCCUGCUGUCGGUCAUGCGAGAGUUCCUAGCCCGGACUCUAUUGACGAGUAUGAAGCCCAGCCGUACUCGUUCCCUCAUGGAGCAUCGCCCGCAAAAGUCCGUCUUCCUUCAGCGCAGGAACAGGAAGAGUACUCUUAUCAAAGUCGCGUGCAAUCGCGGCCCAAAGGAGGGGGAGUUGUGGGCACAUCCCAGCAACUCAAGAAGAAGCCACGCGGGAGGAAAACAAGGAGUGACGCAUGUACAGUUUCCGCUCGAUGA